AUGAAAAUCUUCGGCGUCAGGUUCGGUUUCCUGAAGCUCGUGUCCCUCUUCGGCAUCCUCCUCCUCCUGACUUUGACCGCUGCCAUCGUCGUCGCCAUGUUCGUCCAGCCGAGCAUUCACAGCUGUCAGAUGUAUGUGCCGCGCAAGACGGCGAGCGGAAUGAUCGCCAUCGACUCCGUCGCCUCCUACGCACAGAGGGAGGGGUUUGUCGUCCUCCUACAAGAGCUUGCCUCCAUCCUCACCUCUAACCUCUUCGACUCUCCUCCUGUCCCGGAGAUGAAGGAGCUGGUAGCUGGCAGUCACCUCCUCAUGGUGGGGGGGGCUAGGACCCCGACGGCGCUGCGGCGGGCGAGGCAGCUCAACGUGCGCAUGACCCUCGUGGACGACGAGAGCAUGCGAAGCUGGUCGGAGCAAGCAGUCGGAUCGUUCAUAGGGAUCGCGGACUUCGGGCGAGUAAGCGUGAGCGAGCCGCAGGUUGUGCUGCAGGCGGUCAGGAGGCACCUGGAGGCGUCGGGGGAGAAGCUGGAUGGAGUCUUCACGUUAGUGGAGGACCACGGACCCCUCGUCUCCCUCAUUGGCGAAGCCCUCUCGCUUCCUUGCAGCCCGCUGAAGGCAGCUCAGACUGCUCGCAACAAGUACCUGGUGCGCAAGGCCAUGGAGAGCAAGUCGCUUCCAGUUCCUCGCUUCUGGCUCAUAGAGUCUGAGAAUGAUGCAACACAAGCUGCUGCUCACGUCGGUUUCCCUGCCUUCCUCAAGCCAGUCUACGGCGUGCAGAUGAUCUUGGAGUCUCUUCUUGGGGGGAACGAAGUGCAGCUAGAGCUGAUGAUCCAUAAUGGAAAACUCGGAGUACUCCAAGUCGCGAGAUCGUCUCUCCUUUCCCGUCACGCUGGACGAGGCAGCGAGGGGGAGGCUCCUCAAGCUCGCGACUGA